AUGAACACCAAUCUAGAGGCGAAUUUCUCGCUACGAAGCCAAAACAGGGCCCGAUUCACUCGGUUUGUGCGUACAGUUCGGCUCAGCAGUGAAGCAUCCAUUUCGUUGUCAACCGCCGCGACCGAGGCCGGGUACAAGCUGCGCCCCGGCGGCAGUCCGAUCAGUCAACUGGGCUUCGACGAACCGCCCGCAAUCCUCGCCACCGGCACAGCCCAAGGCGGCGGACUCGAGCCAGCAGGCGCUCUGAUCGACUCGUCCCGUUCCAACAGCAACAGUCCGCAAAAGCCGCGUCCUGAUCGUCAAUCCCCGCGGCGGUCAAGGGUGGCAACAGAACUGCAAGCCGGCGAAGCAAGCAGUUCACCCAAUGCCUGCAUUUCCAGUCUCUCCGCCAGGAUUGAGAGGAAAAAGAGCAACGAACCCAAGUUCUCAGGACCCCUUGCCAAUGACGACGGCGUCCACGGCGACGGCGAAUCCAUGCCAGUCGCCUUUCUACGACGAAAAUCCUCGCUCUUCCGCGAUGCCGAUUUGCGGACCUUGACGACGCGACUGUACGCCGAGCUGAGGCGUAGCUCAAUGGCCGUGACCAGAAGCCGAGUCGAGUGUAUGGCCAAUGAGCAACUGAACGAAGUGCUAACUGUUGGCGUCCACGAGUCGAAUGCCAACGCCCAGCGGUAUCCGAACAAAGUGAUGCCGACCUCCUGGUUGACGGCCUCGGCGUCCGGCCACGAGAAGACGAGCCAACAGACGGACGAGCCAACGCAACGAAUUGAAGCCAGUCAACGUGACACCAACUCUGGCGGUCUUGACAAAAGAACUCUGGUCAGGGGUCAAGACAAGCGACGACGAACGCUGCGCAACAUGGAGACGGCCAAAUAUCGUGUCCUGGCGGCGGAGAUGGCGCACAAAAUGGUGGUACAUCGAGCCGCCGUGUCCACCGACAAGCUGGGCCUCGUGGGCAACGCGACUGGCGGGUUUGCCGAUGGGCCGGGCCCAGGAUCGGGAUCGGGAUCGGGCUCGGGAUCGGGAUCGAGACCAGGACCGGGUUCGCCACCGUCAUCGGCCGCGGUCAGCAUCAUGAAACGCCGAUUCACUUCGGUCAUCCCGGAGGCCUUCACGACCGGCUCCAGGACGAAUCUGCUCUCGGGGAUGCGGAUAUCGGGCGGUACCGAAGAGCGCCACGAAAUGGGGCCGAACGGCAGCAUCAACAUGUCCACCGCCCCCACCGCCCUGACCAGCCUGAUGACCGGAAAUGUGGCCGGAGCAGUGGCCCAGACGGCCGCAAUCACCAUGGCCCCCGCGGCCAGUUGGAGUCUGGCCGACAUGCCAUCGUUGGCUCGCCUCCUCUCCAGACCCGGGCAGGAAGCAGGCGGCUCCGGUGGUCGCAUGCCUCCAGCUGACACUCCUGUCGCUGAGCAGCACAAUGCACCGUCUUCAGACGCGUCUGAUGCCGCGGCGGAGUGGGCCGGAGCCGAGGCU